GAUGGAUCCAUUGGGCAACGGGUACGAUAUCUACGAUCUGUAUGACCUGGGGGAGUUUGACCAGAAAGGAGCAACCGCCACGAAAUGGGGCACGAAGCAGGAGCUGGAAGCUCUCAUGCGCGAGGCCCAGCACUUGGGCGUCGCCGUUUACUGGGAUGCCGUACUCAAUCAUAAGGCUGGAGCGGAUCAUGUAGAGCGCUUCACUGCUGUCCCAGUAGACCCUAAACAAAGAACCGCGGAAAUAUCCAAGCCCAUCCAGGUGGAUGGCUGGGUCGGGUUCGAUUUUCAUGGCCGCAACAAUGCCUACAGCGCGAUGAAAUACCACUGGCACCAUUUCAGCGGAAUCGACUGGGACGAUAUGCGCAAGAAAGGCGGGAUUUAUAAAAUCCUCGGCCCCAACAAAGACUGGGCGUCGGAUGUUUCGACAGAAAAUGGGAACUACGAUUAUCUGAUGUUUGCGGAUCUGGAUCUGUCCCACCCGGAAGUCCGUCAGGAUCUCCUACACUGGGGCACCUGGAUCACCACGGCCUUGUCGCUCGGUGGCAUGAGGCUCGACGCCGCCAAACAUUUUUCCUCGGGGUUCCAAAGGGCUUUUGUUGAGCAUGUGCGCGCAACCGCGAAUCCAGACUUCUUCGUCAUGGCCGAGUACUGGACCGGCGAUAUCCGGGCUCUCCUCGGGUACCUGGAGCAGAUGGACGAGACGGUGGCGGCCUACGAUGUGCCUCUUCUCGGGAACUUCUCGCGAGCUUCAUACCGGAAGGGAGCCGCAGCAGACCUACGAGGCAUCCUCCAGAACACCCUGGUGCAGCAGAAACCCAACCAUGCCGUGACGUUUGUUGCCAAUCACGAUACCCAACCGGGACAAAUGCUCGAAACCCCCGUCGAACCCUCCUUCAAACUCCUCGCAUACGCCCUGAUUCUCCUCCGCAAGGAGGGCCACCCCUGCGUCUUCUACGGGGAUCUAUACGGGACCCGGCCUAAUUCCCAGCACCACCACCACCGGACGACUCCCCCAGCCUGCAACGGCAAACUGCCCAUCCUGAUCCAAGCCCGGAAAUUAUACGCUUACGGCGAACAGCAAGAUUAUUUCGAUCACCCCAACUGCAUCGGAUUUGUCCGCUACGGAAAUUCCUCCCAUGCAUGCGGCCUCGUCUGUCUCUUGAGCAACGCCGGCCCCGCCCAAAAACAAAUGUACGUGGGUUCUCGACACGCCAAUACCGAGUGGGUAGAUCUGUUGCAGGCUACCACUAUCACUAUCACUAUCGACAGACACGGGUACGGGGUUUUCCCUAUCGGUGCCAUGACCGCCGGGGUCUGGGUGCCCUUGGCCGGACAGGGUCAGGAAUCCUUCCAGGCCUUUGAUGAGAGCUUUGGUCAUCUCUAGAUAGAGUACUACUUAGUAUCUAGUUAAUUAAUGUGUAUGGAGUACGGAGGGAGGGAGGGUAUAAGUAAGGGUUAGAGUAAGUAUUAGAUAAGAAUUAUGAAAUAUCAUCAAGAAUUAC